AUGGCGUCCACCUCCCUCAUCCACACCCUCCAGGCCCAUUUCCCCCUCACCCUCCCCAUCCCCACCCCGCUCACCCAUCCCCAGCUCAUCCCCGCCGCAGACCUCCCCGUCGAAGAAGACCUCCUCCACAACCCCGAAAACCUCCGCUCAUGGUUGUCCUACAUCCACCAAGUCAAAGCAAAGAUAGCCGAGGAAGAGCCCCAGAAGGGCGAUGUUCUUUCGCCAGAGGAAGAACUUUUAGGGCCGCUGGCGACAAAGAACGCGAGAGACGGAUUGCAGCGGCUGGUCUCUAUCUAUGAGCGAGCCAUCGCCCUCUUUCCGACCAAUUACAAGCUCUGGAAGGCAUACUAUCUGACCCGCCAGGCGUACGUCCUUGGAAGCUUGACCAACGAGGCCAGGGAUGCGCGGUCAGAGCAGGCCAAGCGUGGUGCGGCAUACAAGACAAAUGUCCGCGAGCUUUUGGACGGCGCUGAGGAAGCUCACGACUGGUCUGGAGGACUCGAUCCUGUGGUCGGGUAUGAAGAAUGGAGAAGUUUGAUAUCUGUGGGAGAGAGAAUGAUCAUGUGCCUCCCGAAUCUGCCUGUGCCAUGGCUUCUCCAUCUCGGUGCCCUACUUCAUCCCAAGUGCCCUGCUGCUUUCAGGAGGACUUAUGCGCGUAGGGCAUUUGAUAGGGCUCUGAGAACCCUUCCUCCAAGUUUGCAUGGAAGAGUUUGGGGGCUCUACCUGAGGUGGGCUGAGAUCGCAGGUGGUGAUGCUGGAGAGAGGGUUUGGAGAAGAUAUCUCAAGGUGGACCCGAGUCUCACUGAACGCCAUAUUACUUAUCUUCUCGAUGCUACUCCCUCCCGUCCCCUCACGGCCGCCAAAUACCUUCUUUCCAUCGCUCGACGAGCUCAACAAAACCUCUAUUCCUCUCUGGAGGGCAAGUCGCCCUACCAGCUAUUUGUCGACUUUUUGGAGUUAAUUGAAAAGUAUGCGGAUCAGGUGGGCAUGGAUGAAGAACAGACGCUGGAACUUCAGGAAGCGGAGAAAGCCCUUAGGGAGCGAGCAGAGGAGUCAGAAGAGAAGGAGAAGGAGAAGGAGCCGAGUGCGCCGACUGAGGAACCCGCCAGUGUGAACGGCCGGCUCAUGCGCAUUGCUGGUCCACCUGUACCCCUCGAGUCUGGCAAAAUCUUCAAGCCCGUCGAUGCCGUAUCCAACAAAAAGACUGCAGAGCUGCCGUAUGACGAAGACACCGAUCCCUCCAGCGAACGUCUCCUCGAUGUGGAGGGUAUCGUCCACCGGGAUGGUCUUGACGUAUACAAAGAUCAGGCUGGUAGACUUUGGACUGGUCUGGCAACGUAUUGGAUCAAGCGCGGUGAAUUUGAUCGGGCAAGCGCGACCUUUGAGAAAGGUUUGGCUACGGUCGUCACCAUCCGCGACUUUACUCAGAUCUUUGAUGCCUACGCCGAGUUCUCCGAAACCAUGAUCUCCACCCUCAUGGAUGCUAUACAAGACGAGGACAACCUCGAGGACGAAGACUUUGAUGUCGAAGAGACAGAGGCAGAGCUGGAUGAGAGAAUGAAGAAGUUCGAGGAGCUGAUGGACAGACGGCCGUUCAUCGUGAACGAGGUUCUUCUGCGCCGGAACCCAAACGAAGUCGUUGAAUGGGAAAAGCGGAUUGCCCUCUAUGGUGACGACGAUGCCAAGGUCAUCGAGACCUACGUCAAAGCCCUGGAUACCAUCGCUCCCCGCAAGGCCACCGGACCCCUUUACCCCUUAUACGUCAACUUCGCCAAAUUCUACGAGGAGGGUGGAAGCAAAGAUGACAAUGGAGAGCCCAGAAAUGAGCCAGAUCUGGCUCAGGCGAGAAAGAUUCUGGAGAGGGCGGUCAAAGUACCAUUCAAGAGUGUCGACGAGCUGGCAGAGGUUUGGUGUGAGUGGGCGGAGUUGGAGUUGAGGAAUGAGAACUAUGAGGAGGCCAUCAAGCUAAUGCAGCGGGCGUCGACGAUACCUAAAAAUGUCAAAAUCAACUACUACGAUGAUAACAUUCCCCCGCAAUCGCGUUUGUUCAAAUCACUCAAACUUUGGUCUUACUAUGUGGACCUCGAGGAGUCUAUUGGCAAUGUCGAGUCCACGAAGGCGGUCUACGACCAGAUCAUGGAGCUCAAGAUUGCCAACGCCCAGGUCAUCGUCAACUAUGCUACCUUCCUUGAGGAGCAGAAGUACUUUGAAGAGAGUUUCAAAGUGUACGAGCGAGGUAUUGAGCUCUUCCACUUCCCCAUCGCCUUUGAAAUUUGGAACAUCUACCUUUCCAAGUUCGUCAAGCGAUACGGCGGGAAGAAGCUGGAGCGUGCCCGUGACUUGUUUGAGCAAGCUCUCGAAAAUUGCCCGGCCAAGUUCUGCAAACCCCUCUACCUAAUGUACGCCAAACUCGAAGAAGAACACGGUCUCGCCAAGCGUGCCAUGGGCAUCUACGACCGUGCCGCUUCCACUGUCCAAGACACGGACAAGUUCGACAUGUACACCAUCUACAUUGCGAAAGCGACCGCCAACUUUGGGCUGCCUGCCACACGCCCGAUCUAUGAGAGGGCGCUUGACAGCUUGCCGGAUAAGCAAGCUGCAGAGAUGUGCAAGAGGUUUGCAAGAAUGGAGAAGAAGCUCGGUGAAAUUGAUCGGGCGAGGGCGAUCUAUGCGCACGCGAGUCAGUUCUGCGAUCCUAGGAUCGAGCCCGAGUUUUGGCAGGAAUGGAACGACUUUGAGAUCGACACUGGAUCUGAAGACACGUUCCGAGAGAUGCUGCGUAUCAAGCGUGCCGUCCAAGCCUCUUUCAACACCGAGACAUCCUUCAUCGCUGCUCAGGCUGCUGCUGCUGCCAAGGGCACUGAAAAGCCCACGGAUACUUCUGCCGAGUCAGCCCAAGACGCUGCUGAUCCUAUGGCGGCGAUGGAGAGAGAGUUGGGUGACGCGGGUGCGAAGAGAAGUGGCGCGCCCUCCUUUGUGGCGAGCUCGCUGAAUAAGACGAACGCGAACGGCAUUGAUGAGGGCGAGGAGCAGGCUGGUGAGGUGGCGAACCCGGAUGCUAUUGUAAUGGACGAAGACGAGUUCUAA